AUGCAUCCUGUAAAGAGCAACAUGUUUCUUGUUUGUGUAACUGUGGGUCUGGUACUCUUGGCUUCCAAGUACCGCAAGAAUGUCUUUCAAAGUGUUAAACAUCUUUGUCAAAGUAUAAAAAGUAAAAGUUAUAAGCAGACUGAUAAUAAAAUGGGUCUUAAAAUUGCAUUAGAUAAAAUUAUUUUGGCUGAUACUCCAGAAAAAUGUGAUUACGCCAUUCAGCGUAUUCGCUGCAACUUGUCCAAUGACAUAUUGGGUUUUGAUUGUGAAUGGGCUAAUGAAGGACCUGUUUCUUUACUUCAACUUGCUACAUUUAAUGGAGUGUGUGGUCUUUUUCGGAUUGGUAAAAUUGGAUAUAUUCCUCAAAAAUUGAAAGAAUUGCUAGCUAGUAAACGCAUUCUCAAAGUUGGAGUUGCUUCAUAUGAAGAUGGUCAAAAAAUAAUAGCAGAUUAUGGAUGUAGAGUUUGUGGUACACUCGAUUUAAGGACAUUAGCAGAGCGUGUGAAUUUACCAAGUCCAAAAAGUUUAGCUGCAAUGAGUUUGCAAUAUUUAGGUUUGGAAAUGGAUAAAUUGAUAGAAGUAAGGUGUAGCAAUUGGAAUGCUGGCACCCUUACUGACGAGCAAGUAGCAUAUGCUGCUUGUGACGCAAUUGCAUCUGUUCUUAUCUAUGACCAGAUUGUGCAGAGGAUAAAAGAGAAGUAUUCUUUAUGGGAAAAUUUUGUAAAUUAUAUAAAAGGUGUGUGUAAUAAAAAUGUGAACAUGCAAUUUUAUUGUUUACCUACUGGUGUAAUUGAUACGAGGUUCAAGGCUCAACAUGUACAAACAAGUGUUAAUCAGAAAAACAUCAAAAACAGUAAUUUUUAUAAGAUUGCCGGUGAUUUAAAAAUAAAUAACGUUACGCGUAAAAUUAAUAUACCUACAAGAAAUAAACCAUUGUAUCAUAAUUGCUAUUUGCAAGCACCAGAUGGAGAAAUAUUAUGUACAUGUGAUCGUAAGAAGGCAGAAUGGUAUGUUGGUAAAGGUUUAGGAGAUGUAAUUAAAAAGGAACCAUUUACAGUAAAGUUAAAGUUUGAACCUUCUGGUCGUGCUUUGGGAGAAGUUGGACAGUACUAUACACAAAUUAAAGUAAACCAGUGUGUAGUUUGUGGAACUUCAGAUAAGUUCAUUAGAAAAAAUGUUGUACCUCGAGAAUACCGGAAAUAUUUUCCAUUGGUGAUGAAAGCCCAUCAAUCACAUGAUAUAUUAUUAUUAUGUCCAUCCUGUCAUGAAAUAAGUAAUUACCAUGAUCUGCAGCUCAGAAGAAAGCUGGCAGAUAUGUGUGAUGCACCUUUAGCUGGACCAUUAACUCAUAUACGUAAUAAACGUGCAACUAAUUGGAAGAAAUUGCACUCAGCUGUUAAAGCUCUAAGAGAAAGAACAACUUUACCCGAUGCACGACGCAAAGAGUUGGAACAUUAUAUCUUAGAAUGUACAAAUAAACAACAAGUUACACCAAUUCUCCUUGAUGUAUUAAACAAAGAAUUAAAAAAUGCUAUGAUUUCGACUUCACUUAACAAUGAUCAGUCUAAAUGUCAAUCUCAUGGUCUACAGGUGGUUCAGUUUUUUCAAAAAAGGGAAGGGGGAUUAGUAGAACUGGAGCGUAUGUGGAGAGAGCAUUUUCUUUUGACUAUGAAGCCAAAAUACCUACCAAGUCUAUGGUCUGUUCGUCAUAAUCAAGAAAGAUUAACUAUUCGUCAAUCACAAAACAGAAUUGAGCCAGAAGAUGCAAAGGUAGCUGGUUUGGCAUAUUGAAUUUUAAAUAUCAUGUACCUGAAAGGACUCGUAUAAGAGCGAGUACUUGUAUUAAAAGACUGUCACGUA